UUCAGUUAAAUUAAUUUGCCACCCUGCAAGAUUUGGGAUUUUGCACAAGCUAUUCUAUAUAUUAUUUAUUGCACCUGAAAGGAUGCUCAUAUAUACAUGUAUAUUGUUGUGUGGAGGAACACGGUAAUAGACCUCUGACUGUUUGCUCAUUAUAUUACAAUGUUGGAAGUGCUGCUCUGCCGAGUGACGUUGUCUUCCGCAGGUGUGCGAUAUUGCAGCAGCAUGCAGAGUUUAUACAGCAAGCUUCACGAUUAAAACACGAGAAAAAACAAACAAACAACACACAGAAGUGAGUUACACAAAAUGGUUGCAGACAUGACCAGCUUUGAGGAUAUGAAACAACUUGAAGCAAGUGGCGACGUCUCACCAUCGGAGCAAAAAGCCCACGUAGAGAGUGAAGCUUCCACAGAAGAGAGCUCAGAAGAUGAAGAUUCUGAUGAAAGUGCAACUGAGAAUGAAUCGGAAAAAGAAGAACCAAACGUAGGAAGUUUCAAUUCUGAGCACAGUGCUGAUGGAGAAAGUGAGUUAUCUACUCCAAAAUCAGACUUUUAUAUUAAGCCUACCUGUGAAAAAUGCAAGGCCAGGCAGAAUCAAUCCUACGAACAAGUAACUCCAAGAAAUAUAUCAAAGGGACGAUUACUCUUAAUACUGGAUAGUGAAGGCUCCUACCAGUGUUCAGUCACAGGUUUGAUGUUUGAAGUUUCAGACAAGGUUAAAAUCACGUAUGCAACGCUGUCCUGGAGCAAGUAUGGAACGUAUUUAAAAGAACCAUGGAAGUUUAUUGGUCCAAUAUUUGACGUGAAGUGUGACCCCAACAUUCUCAAAGCCAUCCACUUUCCCCAUUCACUCUGCUUGGGUGAUCAUGAAAGUGACAUGAAGUUUGGAGUUCUGCACAUUAAGGACAAUGCCCCUGUAAUAGAAUCCUCCUCUGAUCACUCCACUUCCCAUAUUAAAUGGAAUGUCACCUCUCUGUCACCAGUGGGCCCCAUUGUUCAGACAUCACAACACAUAGAACAUCAUGGCGUGGUUCUUGUAUACAAAGUGUUAGACAGUCAUCCCUCUGCAUCAUUUCGUGUAUAUUUAGCUACAAACAACAACUCGGAUAUCAAGGAUAUAUAUAAAGAUGUCAGGCAGUCAAAUAAAAAAUACAUCAAAAUUGAUAAGCCUCCUACCUGUCAGAAACUACUGGAGGAAAAAAAGAAAUACAGACUAAUCAGUGAGCCAGAAGCCGACAUCACGCCCGAGGAAAUACAGUUCACAUUAGAUGCAGUCAAAUUUAAAGGCUACUUUGAGGUUUAUUUUGAACAGCCAGUCUCGUUUAAACUGUCACUGGUAGAAGCUGACUCUGAUCUCACUGUCUGGACUACAACACUACGAGAAUGUGAUUGGAAUACAAGCAAUUUUAAAGAACCAGCUGUCAAGAGAGCAGAAAAUGGGAUUAAGAGAAAUAGAUCAAGCAGCAGUGAAGAGGAAAAUGACAAUAAGAAAUUCAGAGGUGCUGACACAACAGAUGGAUCAAGGUCCAGCAAGAACUGUCAAGAACCACUGAGCAUCACUAUCACUGAGCAACAGCUUAUGAGAAUUGCAAAGGUUUUUGGUAAAGAGUGGAAACAGCUUGGCAUCAGCUACCUGAAUAUCUCAAAGAACGAUAUCGAUCAGAUUCAAGAAGAAGACAAAGAGGACCUAGCAAUGCAAAAGUUUAACAUGCUUCUGGAAUGGAAAAAGAAGGCAAAAGACAAUGCAACAAUAAAAGACCUCUACUAUAGCCUCCAUGAUCCAGAUGUUCCAUAUGUGGUAAAGAAGCUCCUUCAAGGUACAAUGCUUCAAACAUACAAUGUUUCGACAUGAUGAAUGAAGUGGAAGUGGAGCCAGUAACAUUCUCAGGGGCAUUAUGAGCACACGAGAGAAGAAUCAAGCUGUACAUCAUGUAUUCAUUUUGAUUGGAAAUGUGAACUGCUUUUACACUUUAACUGGGUCUUUUUUUGUAGGUCUUUAUUCAGUUUAGGCAUAGUUGUCUUCUUGCAAUAUAUACUUUACACUAGCUCCUAAAGGGAGUUGCUAAUAUUUAGUGCUUAAAUAAUGCAGUGUAGUAGCGUAAGAAUGAAGUGCACCAGGACUGCCAGAAAGAGAACCACUGUGAGCUGUGAACUAUCCCCACACUUAUAGAGGGAUAGAAGUGAAAACAUCCAUCAUGACAAAAACAUUUCUUUUUGAUGGCAACAAACCAAUUUCUUGGACGGGGAAGUUUUCUGAAGUUUGGAAUUUUGCUAUUUUCCAAGGGGAUGAUCUACAGGAGAGUUGAGAGGGUACAGGAGGUGUUGUCAUUUAUGACUGGUGAAUAAUCAAAACAUGGCUGGUAACUGACAAUCAAAGGACUGAUUUCAGCAAAAGUUUGUUAGCAAUUUCUUAUUAAUGGUCUUCUAGCCACUAAGUGACUACGUUUGUAUUGAUAGAAUGCACUGUUUACCUAUUUUCAGGUAGCAUACAAACUGUAUGCAGCUUUGUGAAGAACGCAGCUAUUAACAUAGAGGAAUGCAGGAUAUUUUUGUCUUUUUUAUGCAGGUAAAAAAAAAAUGUAUACAUUUCAAAAUAAUAAUGUACUGUAUUUCAAUAAGCUGGCUUUCUCCUCCCUCAUGAUCACCAGUAGCAAGUCCAUUCCUGGAAUGAAACUCUCCUGUGGCAUAUGGGAAGGUUCAUUCUCCUUAAAAGCUCAAGAGUGUGAGAUGUUGAUGCUGUGAAGACAGUUCAUCACAUAGAGGUGUGGUUGUUGGACAAGCCAAGGUCAUGUGCCGAUGGUGUAUAGCUGAGUAAACCACUAUGUUGCCACUGUAGGUUUAUGACCUAAUACAGCUAAAUGCUUGUGUUCUAUGAAUGGAUAGAAACCAUGUCAUUUGGCAGAUAUAAUGGCUCAUGUACAGUUGGUGUGGGUACUACUGCAUGUGUCCCAUCUGUGGGGUCGAGGGCUAGUUAAAAACACUAAGCAGAGGUUUGACACUCCUAUAUGCCUUGCUAGUUCACCUCCUUCCAGUUUUGGCCCUAUAGAAUGAACCUGACCAACUCCAGACAGGGCAGCAGUAUGUUCUUAAUCAAGAUUCAGUGAAUCGAUUUAUGGAUGACAUUCUUCCUUGUUGAUAAUAAACAAUUCUGUAUGAAA